GCAGUCGUCACCCUCUCGUGAAUCUCCUUCGGACUGGACACACCCUUCACAACAUGAGGAGAUCCUGGAGGUCACGAACUGCUAGCAAGCGAUAAUGUCUACGCCUACACUGUGUCGUCAGUGCCGGGAUGCGGAGCGUGGAAGUGCUGUCAGACUUCGUUGGAGAUGUGAGCAGACGCGAUACGCAGAACGUAUCUCGGAUUUGAUGGCACCGAAUUAUGUUUAUUCUGUGCCUGUCAAGCCGCUGCCGAGGGCUUUGGCCGGGAUGACUGGCGGUGACCAUCAUGGAGAUGAGGGUACUGGGGAUAAUGUGAGAGCCACGGGAAUGCUCUUUCUACUACUAUUGUACGCGGCUCCAAUGUGACGCAGCUUUCUCUAGACAGAAUAUGAAUCUUCGAGUUCAUGUCGAACGUAGCUGCUGCCCAACUGAAGCACGAAAGCGAAGCGUAGUCCAGCAUGGAGAGGCAAGUAUUCAACACUACCUAAGCAGGUAGAAGGUAGCACAGCUCUGCCCGCACCAGCCCGCAUUGAGUUGUUCCAGCUCGGAAAUAACACACUCUCUCCCCUCUUCGAUUCCAUCAUUGAGGCUUGUUGGAUCUUCCAAGUGGCGGCAAGCGGGGUUUAGUUGUCUAUCCACCCAAUUUCAU